AUGAAAGUUAUCUUGCUGUUGUGCCUGGUUUCAACCAGUGCUUUGGUCUUUGCCAAACCUCUGGAUAUUUCCAACUCUGGUGAUUCAGUCGCUGAUGCUGAAAAUGAGCCAAUUAUAGCAGCCGAUCAAGGACAAAGUGCGGAAGCCAAUGAACAUGAGCCAUCAGAUUCGGAGCCACCCAGUCCUUCAAAACCCGAUCAAAACCAACAGCCAGCUCAAGAGGAAAAUAGUCAACCACAAGAUGUGGAGCCAUCUCCAUCUGCCGAACCGGACCGGGAGCAACAAGAGAAAAAUGAUGAAGCAGCGCAGCCUCCACGUCAACAACCUUGUGACCUAUCACCGCCACAGGCCGACCAAGAGCAACCGUCAGCUGGCGAUAGCAAAGGUAAGGAAAAACAACCGCCACAUAAUGGUGCUCAAGGGCAUACCGAGGAACAUGAGGGACCGAAGAAACCACACGAGGAGCGACAGGACGAAGACAGCUCACCCGAAGAUUCUUGGGAAGCAGACGAGCUACCACCAGGACAGGGUGGACACAAAAUUGUCAACGUCAAUAUCAACGUCAAACAGUGA